CGGUGGGAGCGGCAGGCCGGCUCCGGACUGGGCAGCCCCGGACUGGGCAGCCCCGGACAGCCAAGGCCAGCUCCGGACCGUCCCGACCGACCGACCGACCGACCUCCCCCCCCCCAACCCGGCCCCGGCCAGCGUCGCGAGGACCGGUCGAGGGCGGCGCCGGGGGUCGGGCGGCCCGGAUCGGACCGGUGGAUGGUGGUGGGCUCGGCCCGCCGACCCAGGAGUCCGGGGGGGUCGGGAGGCGGACACCCCUUGCCGCCGGCCACCCCUUGCCGCCGGCCACCCCUUGCCGCCGGCCACCAUGCUCAGCUGGACGGUCACCGGGGCCGUGCUGGGCCGCCUUCUGGCCUGCUUCCUCCUCACAGGAUCUAGUUCAGGGUCAAAGUUGAAAGGUCCCGAACUGAAUUUGAAAGGCACACAACACGUCCUGCAGGCAGGCCAGACGCUCCACCUCAAGUGCAGGGGAGAAGCAGAGCAUUCGUGGUCUUUGCCUGAAACAGUCAGCAAGGAGAGUAAAAAGCUGAGCGUGACCACAUCCGUCUGCGGAAGAAACAGCAAGCAGUUCUGCAGCACCCUGACACUCAGCCGGGCACAAGCGCGUCACACGGGCUACUUUGGCUGCAAGUAUUUAUCCCGCCCAGUGUCCAAGAAGAAGAAAGUCGAAUCCACAAUCUACAUAUUUAUUAAUGAUACAGGCAGCCCUUUCAUAGAGCUGAACAGUGCCAUACCCCAAGUGGUGUACAUGGCUGAAGGGAAGGAGAUGGUCAUCCCCUGUCGUGUCAGCGCCCCGGACAUCCCCGUGGUGUUAAGAAAGUUUCCACGAGAAACCUUGAUUCCAGACGGGAAGACCAUAAUCUGGGAUAGCCGGAAAGGCUUUAUAAUAUCCAAGGCGACGUAUAAAUUCAUAGGACUCCUGAGCUGUGAAACCACGAUCAACGGGGUUCUGUAUAGCACAAAAUAUCUCACCCACCGACCAACCAAUACGAUUAUCGACGUUCAGGUGGACCCCUCGAAUCCAAUCAAAUUGCUGCGAGGUCACACUCUGUCCCUCAACUGUACUGUGACGGCUGCCUUGAAUACCAGAGUCCAGAUGACGUGGAGUUACCCGGGCAAAGCACACAGCAGGGCCUCGAUCACACAACGCAUCGACCAAAGUCAGUAUGGGACCAAUGUAUUCUACAGUUUUCUUGUAAUUGAUAAAGUGAACCACCGAGACAAAGGCCUUUAUACGUGUCAAGUGAAGAGCGGGCCGUCCGUCAGAUCUGUUAACGAGACAGUGCACGUCUAUGAAAAACCGUUCAUCACCGUGAAACCUCGAAAGCAGCAGGUGCUUGAGACCGUAGCUGGCAAGCGCUCCUAUCGGCUCUCUGUGAAAGUGAAGGCGUUCCCCUCUCCGGAGAUCAUAUGGCUGAAGGACGGCCUCCCGGCGUCCGAGAGGUCCACCCGCUACGCGGCCCGAGGCUCCACCCUCCUCAUCAAAGAUGUGGCCGAAGAGGACGCGGGGGAUUACACGAUCUCGCUGGGCAUCCGGCAGUCCAGUUUAAAAAAGAAUCUCACCAUCCCUCUGAUCGUGAACGUGAAGCCACAGAUCUAUGAGAAAGCCGUGUCGUCCUUUCCAGAUCCCAAUCUCCACCCGCUGGCCAGCAGGCAGGUCCUGACUUGCACAGUUUAUGGCGUGCCCCGGCCUACAAUUAGGUGGAUUUGGCAUCCCUGUAGCCAGAAUCAUUCCAAAGCAAGGUCGGAUUCCUGCUCUAACACCGAGGGGCCCUUCAUCCUGACUGCUGAAAGCAACAUUGGGAACAGGAUCCAAAGCAUUACCCAGCGCAUGGCCGUCAUAGAAGGGAAGAACAAGAUGGCCAGCACCCUGGUGAUAGCUGAGGCGCGAUCAUCUGGAGUCUACAGCUGUGUGGCGGCCAAUAAAGUCGGGCAGGUGGAGAGAAACAUUAGCUUUUACGUCACAGACGUCCCCAACGGAUUUCACAUUAACUUGGCGAAAGUGCCCACCGAAGGGGAAGAUCUAGUGUUGUCCUGCACAGUCAACAAGUUCCUCUACAGAGAUAUCACCUGGAUCCUGUUGCGGACCGUGAGCAACCGAACGAUGCACCACAGCAUCAGCAAACAAAACGCGGCCGUCAGCGGAGAGUUCUCCGUCACCCUGAAUCUCACCAUCAAGAACGUUUCUCGGGAAGACUCUGGCACCUAUGCCUGCAGAGCCAGGAACGUAUAUACGGGGGAGGAAAUUCUGCAAAAGAAAGAAGUGACCAUUAGAGGCUCUGGGGAGGGCUCCCCCCCUUCCCCCGGAGGGGUUCGGAGACCAGAGUCGAAAUGAGACAGCGGAAUCCGGCCUCGUGGGCGACUCUCCCACCCUCCGACGGCCGAUGGCCACUCGCCGCUUAUUUAACGAUGGGUUGUCUUUAUGCUUUGCUCUCUCCUCUCCGGGAUACGUGGCAACUCUGGACCAGCUGGAUCCCUCUGCCACGCCGCCACCCCUCCCUCCUUGGAAAAAACACACCCGGGCCGUGGUGUGGGCGGAGGAAUUUGAGCCCCACCCCCCCAAUUCCCGGACCUCUGCCCGAGAUGGACUUGAUGACCUCGCCCCUCCGGCCCCCACCGGCCUCGCGAUGCUUAUUUAUUGGAAACGCUCUCCUGCAGCCGGCACGCUGACCAUAGACGGCAGCUCCUUUGGCAGCCCUCCCCCUCGCCGUCCCCCCGCCGGAGUGGAGACGGCAGCGUGGCCCUGGACUCGUCCGACGCCGGCCAGGUGACCCCGCCAGGCCGACCCCGCCCGGCCCCCCUCGGAGAACUGACCGCUCCAAGGGCCCCUCCCGGGCCCCGCCUUCAGACUGAGUGGGGCCAGCGUCCGGGACCACCAGGGACAUCUGCGUUUCUCAUACCUCAUCCAGCCGGCCACCGGCCCACUUCCUUGGAGGACGGAUGGGCUCCCCGGAGGGUCCCGGGCCUCCAGCCUCCGGGCCGGGCCGAGGCCAUCGGAAUGAGCCGGAGAGCGAGGCCCUGCCUCCGUCCCGCCCACCGGGAGCGGAAGAGAGAACGGGAUUGCCUCUGGGAAUCGCGUGGUGGCCCAAACUGCGGAAGGUAGCCACAGAGGUCAUUCGAAGCACUCUCGCACAGACACACUCACAAGAGUGCACGCUUUCGAAGCCUUGAUUAUUUUUCGGCCAGGGAGGUUCCUGGCUCGGGGCGAGGUGACUGUGUUUUUUAGAGCUCGGCUCCGCAUUGUUACGUCGGUUUCGUUUACGAUCGAUCAUUCUGUAUGACUUGUGGGGGCCCCGGCAGGGACCAGAAAUAACCUUGGCCGACGGGGGCUGAACGGUCAGUCGGGGGGUGACAGCGUGACAGCUUGAAGUGCUUGGGAACUCGGCUGACCGUUUCCUCCUUUAAGGUAGCGGGGCUCUGUCCCACGGCUAAACCGGUCUUUCACGUGGGAAUUGCUUUUGUCGAGUGUGAAAGGGUAAACAAUAGCGUUUCCCCAGAAUGCCCCUUCUAGGGGGCUGAAUAUGCUCGGAAAACAAUCAGGGACCUGGAAGUGGCCGACACAGAGGAAAGAAUAAUCAAUUGUAUCUCGAAAAGCUGUACCUGAUGCCUUCUCUCCCCGCUGCUGGUCCAUUAUUAGUCAGUAAACGAGCGUCCAGGAAACAGUGCCUUUGUACCUCAGACCCUGGGGCCUCCCCUGGCCAUCGGCUGAAAGACGGAAGGAAGCUAUCGGGCCCAUCCGCCCGGCUGGAGCCGCGAUUCCCUCCCAAAAUGCCCAACCCUCCGGGGCCAGGCCCCCGGGGGGGUCGUCGUCUCCAGCUGCCCUGAAGAGAGGACCCCCCCGCCUUCCCCCAUUCCCUUGUCCCCCAGAGACUUCAGCGAGACUCGCUCACGGGAGUCUUGAGAGAGGACUCUCCGUUGGCCGAGGGAGCCGGGGGAGAGGAGAAAGGGGAAGUUACAAAGCGAGGGGGAUGGGGAAUCAGGAGUCAGACCUCCCUCCCUCCACCCCAGCUGAGGGCAGGGACUCUGUUCUGAAACAGUUUGGGCUGACGGUCCGUGGGACGGCCCAGAUCCUCGGCCGCUCUGGCCGAGAACGCGGGGCAGGGCGCUCCCCGGCUACAUGCCCAGAGAGGGUGGGCAGCACCCAGAUGAAGUGAAAUUGGACUUCCGCAGCCUCCGCCACCUCCCGGGAGAGAAGCCAGACCCAUUCCGUCUCCCAGAUACUGUCACCCGCCUCCAUCUGGGGGCUACAGCUCCCGGCUGGGGCAGAAGGACUCUCUAUGAGGAAAUGCAUUGGUGGUGGCUCAGAGGGGACAAGGUUCUGCAAUCAGUGGUAUCUACUGAGCGACUACAGGGUGCGGAGCACUAUACUAAGUGCUCGGAAGAGCACAGGCAAAAGACGCAGGCCUCCACCCUCCAGGAGCUUACAGCUUCACGAGCAAACUUAGAAAUCAACUUUUCCCAAGGAGAAUUUUGUAUUUUUUUUUUUUUUUGAACCGCACCAAAAGCAGUUUACUUUGCCAAAGCUGCCAUCCUUGUCCUGCCUGUGAGAACCGCAUCUCGGAUCCCGAGCCCCAGAGAGCUAGAGAGGAGGACGUUUAGACUUCAGUAAGGCUUGCUCGCACCUGAGGCCUGGUCUCCAAGGCUUGAAGCUGGAGAAGGUUUGGAUUUGGACUUUGUGUGGCAAAAGGGAAAGGCAGAUACCCUUCCUGCUCCCAAACCACUUUGAGGGGAAAAAAAAAGCCUUUUUUAUUUAAAAAAAAAAAAAUAGAGAAAUGCCAGGGCUGCUCUCUUGUGAUAAGGAAUGCCGAGACAGAGUUCCCCUGAAGGAAUGAAAGGGCAGGAUUUCCAGAGCCAGAGGGAUCCCCAAUCCUGGAAUUUCCACGUUCUCAUCACUCCCAGCAAUGUGUACCCGCCCGGCCAGCUUCCCAAACCCGUCCCUCUAGAAUGAGGGAUGGAGGGAUUGGCAAAUAGUCCGAAGAAUCCGAAACCGCCGAUGUAGGAUGGGAGAGCAUUGAGAAGAGGCAGUCGAGAGAGACGGAAGAGGGGUGAGAGACCUCAGGAGGUCUUGGUGGUUUUUUCACUGGAAUUGGGGCUGUCAAUUGUUCGCAGCUUAUUCAGAAUGUAUGCCCAGUCAGCAGGACACACCCCCAGUGUUGCCUCAGCAGAAAAACGGUAUCCAGCCUGGGUCUCUGUGUGGAGUUUUUAUGUUGUAAUGUAUUCCUCCCAUUGUAUUAGAAUUCCUUCUGUUGUACUAUAUUGGUGGGCUUUGAAAUAAAUUGUAUUAUAUUUGUAUGUUCUAAGAGAUAAAAAUGGAUAAUAUAAAAUAUAAUAUUUGUACUAUUAUAUAGUGCAAAACCUACA